CCUGCCCUGAGGUGGACACCAUGGACCCACUGCUGACUUUCCUAUGCCUGCUGCUCCUGUGCCCAGGUCUGGUAGCCGCUGCUGCACCCUCCUGCUCUCAGAAUGUGAAUAUCUCUGGUGGCACGUUCACUCUCAGCCAUGGCUGGGCCCCUGGAAGCCUCCUCAUCUAUUCCUGCCCCCAGGGUAGUUAUCCAUCCCCAGCGACCAGGCUUUGCAAGAGCAAUGGACGAUGGCAGACCCCAGGAUCCAUCAGGAGAUCCGCCCGGCUUGUGAAAGCAGUGUGCAAACCUGUUCGCUGUCCAGCACCUGUCACCUUUGAGAACGGCGUGUACACCCCUCGGUUGGGGUCCUAUCCUGUGGGUGGCAACCUGACCUUUGAAUGUGAGGAUGGCUUCACACUGCGGGGCUCACCUGUGCGCCACUGUCGUCCCAACGGCAUGUGGGAUGGAGAGACGGCUGUAUGUGACAACGGAGCUGACCACUGUCCCAACCCAGGCACUUCAGUAGGUGCAGUGAGGACGGGUUCCCGCUUUGACCUUGGGUACAAGGUCAGCUAUCGCUGCUCCUCAAAUCUGGUGCUGACGGGGUCUGCGGAGCGGGAGUGCCAGAGCAAUGGGGUCUGGAGUGGGACAGAGCCCAUCUGCCGCCAGCCCUACUCCUAUGACUUCCCAGAGGAUGUGGCCCCCGCCCUGGGCACCUCCUUGUCUCAUCUGCUUGGAGCCACUAAUCCUAACCAGAAGAGGAAGGAAAAAUUGGCUCGUAGAAUCCAAAUCCAGCGUUCUGGUCACCUGAACCUCUACCUGCUUCUGGAUGCCUCUCAGAGUGUGUCGGAAGAGAACUUUAAGAUCUUCAGGGACAGUGCCUCCCUCAUGGUGGACAGGAUCUUCAGCUUUGACAUCAAUAUCAACGUUGCCAUCAUCACGUUUGCCUCACGACCCAAAAUCAUCAUGUCUGUCUUGAAUGACAAAUCUCAGGAUAUGACUGAAGUGGCCACUAGUCUGGAAAACUUGAACUAUCAAGAUCAUGAAAAUGGAACUGGGACCAACAUCUAUGAGGCCCUAAACAGUGUCUACAUCAUGAUGAACAACCAAAUGCAACGCCUGGGCAUAGGAACAGUGGCCUGGCAGGAAAUCCGACAUGCCAUCAUCCUUCUGACUGACGGAAAGUCCAACAUAGGUGGUUCACCCAAACCAGCAAUUGACAACAUCAUAGAAUUACUGAAAAUCAAGCCGGACAGGAACGACUACCUGGACAUCUAUGCCAUUGGAGUGGGAAAGCUGGAUGUGGACUGGAAAGAACUGAAUGAACUGGGGUCUAAGAAGGAUGGCGAGAGACAUGCCUUCAUCCUGCAGGACACACAGGCUUUGCAGCAGGUCUUUGAGCACAUGCUAGAUGUCUCCAAGCUUACAGACACCAUCUGUGGGGUGGGGAAUAUGUCAGCCAAUGCCUCUGACCAGGAGAGGACACCCUGGCAUGUCACUUUUAAGCCUAAGCACCAGGAAACCUGCCGGGGGACGCUCAUCUCUGACCAGUGGGUCCUGACAGCAGCUCACUGCUUCCACCAAGCUGCCAACAGUUCCUUUUGGAGGGUCAAUGUGGGCGAUCCAAACUCCCAAUGGGGCAAAGAAUUCCUUGUGGAGAAGGCAAUAAUCCCCCCGGGGUUUGAUGCCCAUGCAAAGAAGGAGCAGGGAAUCCUGGAGUUCUAUGGUGAUGACAUCGCCCUGCUGAAGCUGGCCCAGAGAGUGAAGAUGUCUAGCCAUGCCAGGCCCAUCUGCCUCCCCUGCACUAUGGAGGCCAAUAUGGCCUUGCGGAAGCCCCAAGGCAGCACUUGUCAAGACCACGAGAAAGAACUUCUGAACCAGCAGAGCAUUCCUGCCCAUUUUGUGGCCCUGAAUGGGAACAAGUUGAACAUUAACCUCAAGACAGGGAAACAGAGGACAAGCUGUAUCCAGGUAGUCUCUCAAGACAAAAAAACCUUCCCGAACUUGACAGAUGUUACACAGGUGGUGACAGAUCAGUUCCUGUGCAGUGGGAUGCCGGGAGAUGCCAAUAUCUGCAAAGGAGAAUCUGGGGGAGCAGUUUUCCUUGAGCGGAGAUUCAGGUUUUUUCAGGUGGGUGUAGUGAGCUGGGGUCUUUACAACCCCUGUUCUGGCACUACCAAUAAAAACACCCGCAAAAAGGCUCCCCCUGGUGUCCCACCACCCAGAGACUUCCACAUCAAUCUCUUCCGCCUGCAGCCCUGGCUGAGAGAGCACCUGGAAGGUGUCCUGAACUUUUUGCCUCUCUGAUUAUGACCCCUGUGCUGUCCUGUCAGGAUCUGCCAUCUUUCCUACCUCUGAACAUUCACCUCAGACACUGUGACCCAUCCCCACUCCUAGCUGCAUAAAUCCUGGGUUCUAGGAGCCCAGGUUCAGUGCACACAAGCUGGGGAAACCCCAGAGCUGGUGUCAGCAUGGCUGGCUGCCUGGCUGCCCUCCCCCUUAAGCCUUCCUUACCUCUGCUUUGCUCCCAUCCCUCCCUCCUACCCUUUGUACUCGAUUUGUACAUGGAAUUUCCCAGUUAUGAAAUUAAUAAAACCCAACGAUUUCCA